ACCGAAGUAGGGGGAUGGAAACGAAGGUAGCUGAACGGAGCAGAGCGCCAGACCGACUCAGUUGCCCACGAGCAUUCGCCAGCGAACGAACGAACGAAACAUGGCUGUCCGUUGCUUGAAUAACGCGGGUGUCGUGCUCGCGACGUGUACGGUGUUUCUGGUGUUCGCCGGCGUUCUUGUUGUCGCCGACCAAACGCAGUCCGGCUUCAAGGUGGAGAAGCUGUACGUGCCAGAGGUGUGCGACGCCAAGUCGAAGAUCGGCGACCAACUGACCAUGCAUUACACCGGCACGCUGCUCGAUGGCACCAAAUUCGACUCAAGUUUGGACAGAGAUCAGCCGUUCACAUUCCAGCUGGGAGUUGGCCAAGUUAUUAAAGGCUGGGACCAGGGAUUGGUGGAUAUGUGCGUGGGCGAAAAAAGGAAGUUGACCAUACCGCCGGAACUCGGAUACGGAGAGAAAGGAGCCGGAAACGUAAUUCCUGGAGGUGCUACCUUAUUGUUCGACGUUGAACUCAUCAACAUCAGCGAUUCUCCACCAUCCGCAAACGUAUUCAAAGAAAUCGAUAGCGAUCACGACAACCAAUUAUCCCGCGAGGAGGUGAGAACAAUGGUGAGCCAGUACCUGAGGAAGCAGAUGAUCGAAGCGGAGCAGGGAGGCAGCGAGAACGAGGAAGUAAAGAAGAUGCUCGCGGAUCACGACAAGCUUGUGGAGGAAAUUUUCCAGCACGAGGACAAGGACAAGAACGGGUUCAUCUCCCACGACGAGUUCACCGGGCCGAAGCACGACGAGCUCUGAAGUCUUCGUGCCGCGUCGCCGCGUCUUCGAGCACCGCGUCGCCGUCGGCGUCGUGUCUCGCGCCACCACGUGUUCACAUCCGCGCGGAAUCGCCUCUUCGAGUCCUGCCCGGUCCGCGAACGUCACUGAAUAUCACAGAUAUCAUCGAUCGAUGAUGGACCGCUUCACCUACCACUCGGUGCACCUUCGAGCUCGAGGAACAAAAGAGAAGCUGAAGAAACGGUUCUCUUCCUCGCUGGGACGUUUCUCUGGCCAGUUAUAACUUCGGAUCAGGCAUAAACGGUUUCGCUGGAACUACUCUUCAUCGAUCUUGGAAGAGUUAGCAAGAAAAUUAGCUGACUCGAAAGUAUUCCUAAAGCUUCUCGAGUCGCGUUCUCCUCCCGGGACGCUUGAACGCGUUAACGGCCGAAGAGGAUCCUGAGGAAGGGAAGCGACAGACUCGAGCGAAACAAUAAUUACGCGGACUCGGAAGUGAGAUCGUCUGAAAAGUUUUCGAAGGAUCUUACUCGGGGAUGCAGUUUUACUACGACGCGAGACGCGAACACGCCUUGAACCAACCGCGAGUGCUGGUCGAGAUCCUGGCGGGAAACGAGGCUGUUUUACCUAAUAUAAUUAUAUAUAUAAAUAAAUAUAAAUAUAGAUAGAAACAGAGAAAAAGAGAGACAGAGAGGAAGGAAGAAAGAGAGAAAGGUUGUGAGAGAGACAGAGAGAAAGUGUUUUUUCUACACGACUAUAGAUGUUAGCGUAUAUCAAUUAAGCGCAUCGACGUAACGGUGCUAUGAAUCACACGCGAAGAAACGAUCUGUCCUUGUCUCGAAAGCUUCUUCCUUUUUUUUUUUUUUGAUCCAACCCUCUUCGCCGUAUCACGACAAAUUCACCUUCCCCUUUUUCAUGAGCAAUCAAACCCCACCGGCAUUCUCGGUCACGAAUGUCACGCGAGAGACUCGCGAGAGGACCGGCAGAGAAAACUCGAAGCGGGACGACGUAAAUAAAAAAAAUGAAAUAAAAAAAUAUUCGAGGAUGCGUGGUGGAGAUGAAUGGCGAUCGCAUCGUAGCGAUCUGUUUCUUACAUGAUCGACGCUAUCAUUAUUACACUUUUAAACUGAUACGUUUUUAUUACUACAUUAUAUUGUAUGUUGUUAAAGUUGGACGAAGGUUAAUUAAUAAAUCGUGUGUCUCGAGCACAGUUUGUUAUAUAAA